AACUGUAGCCCUCCAGAUGUUUUUGGCUUGCAUCUCCCAUCAGCUAUAGCCAGCAUAGCCCAGGAUGAGAUUAUAACAUCUGUAACCCAGAAACAUCUGGAGAAUUGCAGUUGCCUAACACUGAAUUAUAGAAGAAUUUCUAACAGUAUCUUCGCCAUCCAAUUGGUAUCUAUUGACUACCAAAACUCUCCUAUAAGGAGUCAAAGAUAUAGCUGUGUUAGUCUGUAGAAACAGUAUGUAGCACCUUUGAGACUAAGAAGUUGGCAGCAUGAGCCUUUGUUUGACAGCGGUUUAACUUUUAUCUGUCAGGAAACUACUGCCCUGCCUUGUGGGAGCUGAGCUGCAUGGGUCCUUCAAGGUUGCAUCUUGUUUUCCACAUUGUUCCACAUGUGGCAGAAUUCCUGGACUGCCUUCCAGAGUUAUAAAUGGGCUGGAUGAAGGCCAGUAGAAAGAGGAGAGGUCCACCCAAAACCAAACUCUUGAUGGCUAGGUUUACAGGCCAAGAAAUCGGGAUGACAGCUCCUCUAAAAACCGGCUAUACCGUAAUUCCUAAGCAGAGAUAUCGACGUAGCUAUCGUCGUUCCAGCAAAUUUAGCAAUACUCAGAAUACAUAUUCUUCAUCUCUGUCAACCCUUGGGAAUUUCAAAGCACUCCCUUUAGAAAUAUUUCACAUGGUUUUAGACUAUCUGCCAGUGAAGGAUAUCAGCAUACUAAGUAUGGUAUCAAAGACUAUCAGCAACUGCCUUAUUAAUUACAUCUCUACUCCUAAAGGAAACAAAAAGCUUUUGGUACAGAACUUUCAUAAUCCCGAACUAUCUGGCUGCCAGAAAGGAUCCUCCAUUUUAGAGCACUACAGAUGCUUAGGCCUGUUGUUAAAACGGUGUACCUUACUGCUCCCUACAAAGGAGAGACUGAAAUCCAUACACAAUAUACUUUCAGAAAUUUCCUGUUUCAAGCUUAGCGGCUGCAUGGAUCCUUUGCACUGUUUAGGACUACAGUGUUAUGGGGUGUUUUUACAGACCUUAACAGCUGGCUGGGAUGAAUUAGAGUGUCAUCGGGUUUACAACUUCCUUUGUGAGAUGAGCAAUUUGCCCCGGAGAGUGCAGACAGUAGUCAGUAGCAAACCUGGAAGUGCUCGAAAGCUGGAACUGAGGAUAAGGAUAUUUUGCCGCAAUGUCCUGCUGAACCAUUGGAUCCACUGGGGUGAUUCUGCAUUUUGGCUGACACGUAUUUUGAAGCCAUGGCCAAUGGUAAAUCAAGCCCGGCUACUCUAUAUAAUAUUUGGACCUACCUCUAUUCUGGAUGGGCAUGUGGUUUGGCAUAAAAUGAUUGAUGGUCCAACAGAUGAAGCAAGUUUGAAAGGGCUGGCGGAUGCUAUUAAAUUACUUUAUGACCCAGAAGCAAAAGAGUGGACAGCAGAUGACGUUAUAAGUCUGUUGGAUGAACUUGCAGUAGUUCCUCGGGAAUGGCUUCUGGAGAACAGUGCUCGGCUCCUUAUCUUGUGUGGAAACAAUAUCUGCUUCACUUUUAUGGCUAGCAAAGCUGUGAAUGGCCGAGCUAUUGAACUGGCAAGGCUGGUGGUUUCCCUGGCUUUAGUGUGCGAGAAAGAUCUCUAUUGCAUGGACUGGACUGUAAAAAUGAUGCAGAAAGUUUGCAAGGUUUUCAGUACUCCAGGAGAAAGAAACAACUUCUUGCAAAGUGUAGAGAAUGCUUUUGCACAUAUUAUAAUGGAAGCACUGCAGUCUGUGAUAUCAGGGGAGCAUGAAGAGGAAGACAGCAGCUUUCUAAACUUAUUCCAUCUUGUGAAUGCGCAAGCAAAUUUUCACAAAGAAAUCCUCUAUCUGACCAUGAGCAGCAACUUGUAAAAUCCUCUGGAACUUGAGAGUUUGGACAGCAGCUCACCAUUAGCAGUUAAACAAAUGCUUUUCUCAUUCAUGUUUCCCCCUUUCCCUUUUGGUAGCAAUACUCUCACCUGCCUUCCAAACCUGAAAUUUCUGUGGAGUGUGGCCAAUUGUUUCACAUGUUUUUUUUUUGCAGUUGUUGAAGUGUGUGCAUGUGAAUAGAGGCACAUGUAUGCAUAUUGGAUCCUUUUAGUCAUGUUCAGUGGAAACUUGGGCAAAAUCAGCAAGAGAAGUAAGUAAUGUUUAACCUUAAUAGAACCACUGACAUCAAGUCAGUAAUGAAUUUACUUCUCCCACUGAUUCCAAGUCUGGAUUCAAUCCCCAAAUAUGUAUACAUUACACAUAUAAAACCAGAAACAUUUGAAAUGGAUUGCACAAAACAUAGAGGUGAACCGUGUAGAAAGAAGCAGCUAGUUGUGUUUUGAAAAAUUAGGAAAAAAAGAACAAAAGUACAUAAAAUCUUUGCCUUGAAAGAAAACAUGGCAAGAGGCAUCCCUUCAGGACUAUUGGUAUAUUAACCCUGUUCAUACAAGAAAACAAGACUCAGUGGAGACUUGGAGUGAAAGGUGGGAUUACUACCUUUGGAGACCCCCACUCCACCUUUUACAUGUUCUAUUUAAGAUUUUUAAACAUUAAGGCUGACAGAUAGCCAAUGCAAAUAUUUUUGCCCACAUCUUUGAAAACAAUGAAAAAUAAGCAAAUCCUAACUAUAGUAUAGCAAAUGCAGAGGCACUUGUGUAGUUUCUUCACUGUGUGUCCAUUUCACAAUUCUUCAUUGUCACCAAGUCUUCUUUCAAUGGAUUUUCAGUAAUAUAGUGAAAUAUGCAUGUUGUGUGUAUGUUAAAUUAUUAUCCUUAUUCUUCAUUAGUGUAAAUGAAAUCUCUUCUCUGGCGAUAUGUAUACAGGGCAAGCAUACUAAAGUCAUAUUCUUUGUUGGUUGAUGCACAUGUUUGCUAACAAGAUAAACUAUGUGACAGUUACUUGAUCUAAAUAGCUUUAGGACAUGCAUAGUUGUGAUUAUUAUCAAGCAGAGUUUGGAAAGGGUUUCCUCCCCUUAGUAAAGCUCCCCAAAUCUUCCAUGCUGGCCAGGGAAUUUUGGGAAUAGUAGUCCCACCCCACCGCACCCCCAAAAACUACUUCUCCAAACUCUACUAUAAUGUGAAACAGCUUUUUGCAACCUGCUUAGGCAUGCAAAAAUCCAGUGUGCAGGAGAUUACACAUUGAAUGCAGUGUAUUCUCACAAUGCUUAAAACAUGGUAAUAACCAUUUUUACCUGCCUGCCUGCAUCAGCAGAACUUGGCUGCUUCAUUUCCUCUUUGGACUGCUAAUUUCUACCUAGGGAGAGGAGAGUAGUUUAGCCCUUUAGUUCUGGUUUCUUCUUGGUAUUUCAUUAAAAUUAAGCAAGUGCCUUAUCAGUUUUAUACCUAGCUCCCAUUUUUCCUUCAACCUUUUACACAUAAAACCAUUCUGUAGGAGAAGGCUUCACGCAUAUUGUUGCAUCCAUUGAUGUACAGUAGAGAGAUUUCAUAUGCGAAUAUUUAUGGUAAAGUGUAUGGAUAUCUGUUAUAUAACAGAAUGCAUUCUGAUGAUUCAAAACAUACUGCAGAAAUUAUCCAGUUUAAUAACUGUCCUGGCUCAGUGCUAGGGAAUCCUGGGAAUUGUAGUUUAUUGUAGCACCAGAGCUCUCUGAGAAAGAAGACUAAACAUCUUACA